GGCAAAGACAUUCGUCUUCCAAUUGACGACAAUAAAUUUUGACUGAACUUAAAUUGAUACGGUCUGAUAUAUAAUAUAGUAUAGAAGUAGCGGGGUGUGUUUUUGUGUAGCUAGAUCGGGAGACCACAGUAAGAACAACAGGAUGUGGUCAUUUUGGCGUGCGUGGAGCGUGUUGGUCUGCGCAGGAGUGGUCGCCGCGCAGCGCAUCGACCAGGAGCCGCUUCUGUCUCCGCGUCCCGCUCGGGUGAGGGACCGGGACAUGGGCAAGCCGGACGAGCCGACUUGCGACCAGUUGAAAGCCAUGUGGAGAUUCUCAAAGCGUCAAGCGCGAGCGCCGGAGAUCAUGAACGAGGUGAGCUCGUACCGUGACCCGCUCAUGUACAACGAGUGGCCUGUCUACACUGCCAUGCCCCGGGCUGCACCCAGAUUCAGAUACCAGUACCCCACACUGCCGCGCGAAGCGUAUGGCCGGGUGGUAACGAAGGCGCCCCCUAAUGUGGUGCGCACGCCCGAUUAUGACGAGAUGUUCGGCAUGCUGAAUGUUCCUCACACGUCCGGCAAGAUCCUGAGGUACCCCGGGCCCUCCAGGCCAAGGCCGACCUUCAUGGUGCCUCCUCAGAGGGACAGGUUCGAUACGCUGAAGAAGUUGAUCCGACAGGAACACGUGCGCGAAUUGCAGAGGAAAUACGAUACGGAGCAGAAACAGGAGCUCAAGGAGAUCGCAGCGGGACGAGGUGAUGACUAUGUUUACGGCAGCUAUGGUGAGCAGGAGCCACGUGGACUGCAGCCCCUGGAGUACCCGGCUGAUGAGCCCUCCGCGCGGCACAAUAAGAAACCACCGUCGGGCAGUCGCCAGGUGUCCCAGUUCUCCCGUUACUCCGAUGUGAUGCUGCCCCCCGUCCGCCGCACCUUCUACCACCCCUACUUCGACUACGUAGCCCCCGAGUACCUGCCCUACGUGUAUUGAGCCCUCCCUGCCCCGCUGGGAACAUACUACAACCCUCUACAAGAUUUCGGAAGGACUUAACACCAUAUCGAAAUCAUAUCUAUCGCUUCGCUUGACUUUGUCCUUUGACAAGAGCUUCAGCAUUAAACUGCAAUAUUUUUAUAUUAAUUACCCAUUUUCUAUGUAGAUAUUGAAUCUUUAAUAUGUCCCAUUGAAUAAUCGCAUCGUAUUUUUCGAUAGGUUUAAGAAUCGUAUCUCCAAGAUACUACUUCCAAAUGCGACAAUAAUACGCAUUCGUAUACAAAUUUCGAUCAAUUAAUUGGUAAAUUGAUGACCGUCAAUUCCCCUAUAAGUUAGUUCGACAAUAAAAUUGGAAACAAUUCGGAAUUCUGACAAUAAAAUAUUAUGGGUGUUUUACAAUUCGAUGUUUAGUAGAAUUUAAGAGCAAAUGGAAUAUUAUCCGUUUAUAAAAUUAAGUAAUUUAAAUUUGGAAUUAUUCGUUUCAAUGGCGGGCAGCCGAGUGUUUCCAGCUUUUCGCUUCGAUUCCCCAUUACUUUAAAUCUUCCUUGAUUUGAAUUUAGAAAUACUCGACGUCUCUAAGUGGCUGUUUUAAUUUUACAUUGACGGAGGUUAGUCCGAGCCCGACGGCCUCCGAAUCGAAGCGAAAAAAUCUGUCCCCUCAUUUUAUUGUGUGAUGUUUUAGUAUUAGAUACUUGCUCAUUUUUUGAUGUAGAUAAUAAUUAAAUUGUUUACAAAUUAUUUAAAUAAGUUUGUACUUUAUUCGUAUAUUUGUACAUGUUGUAUGCAGACUGUCACUAUUGGGCGAUUUGUUGCAAGAAGCAACUUUUGUAUCUCAAUAAUGUUUAUUUAAUUGUACAAUACUGGCUAUUCCUAUAUUUAACUAUACUUAUACUACAAAAGUAUUAGGCUAUAUACUACCUGAAGUCUACGUAAACGUAGUUCAUUUAUCCACAAAAUAUAUACAUAAUUAUUGUUGUGAUUAGUCACUAAGUAAAUAGAUAUCAUGUAAUUUUAAUCUUCAAAAGCCUUCAAGACGGCUAAGUCGGUUUCGGCUGUGUGGAAGCGAAUUGAAUGCGUUUCUGAGAAAAUUACGAUGUGAAAUGAAACUGAUUGCACAUCCGAAGCCCGACAGAUAAAAUGCUUUAACUACAUUUAAAUGUUUCAUGUUUAUGUCAUAGUUAAUUGUAAAUUAGCGUUCGGCACGCCUCGCGCGGCUUAUUUUAUCGUAUAAUGGAUCUAGGGGUAGGAAGGAGGCAGCCUAUUGAAUAAGGUUUCAAAUUGGCGAUGACGCCGGAGAAAAUGGUUGAAUCACCAAUUCCUAUACAAAAAAAAUCACAUAAACCUAACUAAAACGAGAUCAACACUUCAGUGAAGAAUUUACAAUGGAAGUUUUGAGAAUUUUAUAUUCUUGUAAUCUAUCUAGCCAUGCAACGUGACAAUGCACCUAAUUAUCUACAUAUGAAUGGAUUCGCACUGAAAGUGAAGGCUGUAAUUCUAAGAAAGUUGUUACCUAUUUGUGUACUAUACAUAUUUAUUAUUAUAUCUAAUCAACUAUCGACUUAAUAAGUAUCGACGCGGGAGUCGACAUAACCUCACAGACUAUAAAAUUUGGCUUUAAAAUUAUAUAAACACAUGUAUUAUGGCUUUAUGCGAGUCAAUGAAUUCAUUAAUCUUCUAUUUAUUAUAAACGAUCAACUGUAGGACAUGUCCUAUCCUACAUUUUGCGCAUUAGCGAAAUAUCUAUACCAUAUUUUUAUUUACAUAUAACAAUAUUCUGUAGAAUUUUACAAAUUAUUUUAUUGUCUUUUGAAAAUGUCGUUAAUAGUUAGAUAGUUAGUGGAUAAAUUACAUUGAGUAGUGUUUAUUGAAAGCGUAUUGCAAUUAUAAUAGGUGUUUAAAAUUAUAUUCACAAUGUGUAAUGAAACAUUUCAGUAAACGUAGAUCUUUCGCAAUUACAUAUCUAUCCGACCAUGGAAGUUAUAAUGCAAACAUAUACUUAACCAUAUCAGUAUUAUUAUCGAUAGAAAUACUUAUUAUUAAUUAAACAAUUAUCGGCUUUCAUACAAAAGUCUCAUUUGAUAUUUUUCCCAUAAAAUGCCAAUAAUUUUAAAAGAUAGCAACACAGAUUCCGUAUUUUUAAAUUGAAUCGUUUUGAAAUUAGAUAAGAGUUACAAUUACAGUAACUUUUUAAAUGAGAAAUUUUUAUCAUCUGGCACGGUGAAAUCUGUAAACCAGCCAGUAACAACUUAGUUUAAAUCGAUAUAAUUUCGUUUGAAUUUACGGAGUCAUUCGAUGUUUUAUGAUAUGACAACAACAAUAAUGUAGCAGCUACUAAACGAAUGUACUGUUUCAACAGCGCGGUCAACCGACAAUAAUUUUUAGUGACAAUAAAUUUUGUGUCAGAGGAAAUGCGAUCUUAUGUACUAGAAUAUUAAAAUCUAGGCCGCGCCUGUAUUUAAAUUAAGUAUACAAAUAACCUAAUAAUAAUAAUUAAUGUUUUAAAAUGUAUAUUAAUUGGUGUUUUUUUUUUUUGAGAAAUAAAGAUAGUUACUUACUCCUGAG